AUGGAAACGAUUAGGUUCGGCACUGCCAUCUGGGAUUGUGAUGAACCCAUCUAUUCUGGAGGACUAUUCCUCCUAGCUCUUGCCCUUGCGGACAAUGCUCUCUACGGAUAUUCAUCUCCUGAAGAAGUCUUCGAGCAAAGAAUUCCGGAGGGGCAGGAUGAACUAGUUCUCAGAUGGAAUGAAGACGCCAAAAAUCGAUGCAUUGUCAGAAAAGUCACAGCGGCAGGGGUUAGUGAGGAUCCUUUAACAAAGGAAAUGUAUGCAGCCGAUUUUCGGAAGAUCCUUGCAAAUGCUUGUUACUUUGUAACUGCCACAGUUCACGCGAUGCGGCGAGCCCUAGGAGGAGCUGUUAAAAGCAAAUAUUCAUCGGCUCAUGUGGCGCAGAUCCUUACACAGAAGUCCAAAAAUGUCUACGGAAACGACUAUCUCGCUAAUUGUUCCGGCGUGGACGUGUUCAAUGCUCUGAUGGGCAAACCAGCCGAUAAUACUCACAUUGACUAUUUUCAGGGAUACAGUCAAUUCCACGAACACGGCCUCCCACGACGAUUGCCUAUAGAAGAGGCACAGAAGAUUGAUGCGGAUCCGCAGCUGGUCACCAAAGCCACGGAAAUCCGCAAUGCAGAGUCUGAUGACGAUAUCAAGCGCCUGAAGCGUGAUUACAAUAUCUUAAAAAGAAAGAUUUAUGCUAGCAUGUAUCAGCAGUUCCAAAGUGAAUGGGUCCAGAACCAGCGUGAUUGGAAAAUAUUGACCAGAGGCCGAGAACGCCCCGAUUUCGUUGAGCAAACUGCAGAAAAACAGGCUCAAUGCAAAGUCAUGCCCGAAUUAGGUCGUCUGGCGGCUAUCAUGUCGUCUAAUUUACCUCUUUCAUUUGACGAAAAGGCCGUUGUUGUUAGGGAUCUAUACACUCAGUGUCUCCGUGACUUUGACGUGAUUUACCGUCCAGGAGAGGAGCCAGUCGAAGGCCUAUGUCCGGUGGCCAGUUGUAGCCAUUCACUGGAGAUGUGA